CACCACCAAUCAUUACAUUAUUCCCAGGUUGUAAUAUUCGUAAGAUUGAUCAAGCGCAAGCAAAAGCGAUGGCCCAAAAGUUGGACGCAAAGGGUGGUGAGAAGGGAGAUGUAUGGGAUGAUGGCGUUCACGAAAAUAUUAGAAAAGUAUAUGUUGGGAAAGGCCAGGACUGUAUAGCUUUCGUCAAAUUUGAGUAUGUUGAUGAUUCUGAAGUGGUUGUUGGAGAUGAACAUGGAGAACAAACACAAGAAGUUGAAGAGUUUGAGAUUGAUGAAGAUGACUACAUCGUUUACGUAGAAGCUUUCCGUGAGAAAGUAACUCAAGAAACCAUCGUGGCUCUUAAGUUCGAGACUUACAAAGGCAAAACCAAUAUGCACAUCGAGACGAGUCCGGGGGUAAAGUUUGUUCUCCAAGGUGGAAAAAUCGUUGGGUUUCACGGGCGUUCGACGGAUGUUCUACACUCCCUUGGAGCCUAUGUUUCUUUCUCAUCCACUAUUGAUUCGCUUGGAAACUGGAUAAAGGUGGAGCAAAAUGGAGAGGGUCCAGGGCUAAGAUGCUCACAUGCCAUAGCACAGGUAGGAAACAAGAUUUACUCCUUUGGUGGUGAGUUUACACCAAAUGUGCCAAUUGAUAAAGACCUUUAUGUCUUUGACCUCGAGACCAAGAGUUGGUCCAUUGCUCCAGUCACGGGAGACAUUCCACACCUCUCUUGCUUAGGCGUCCGAAUGGUGUCAGUUGGAUCAACCCUCUAUGUCUUUGGAGGCCGAGACGCUUCCCGUAACUACAACGGUUUCUACUCUUUUGACACGAACACGAAUGAGUGGAAACUGCUAACUCCCGUGGAAGAAGGACCCGCUCCUCGUAGCUUCCACUCUAUGGCAGCCGAUGAGACCAAUGUUUAUGUUUUCGGUGGAGUGGGUGCUGCGGAGAGGCUCAAGACCCUGGACGCUUACAACAUCGCUGAUCAGAAGUGGGUACAGUGUGCGACUCCAGGAGAAUCGGUUAGCAUAAGAGGAGGAGCCGGGCUCCAAGUAGUGCAAGGGAAGGUUUGGGUGGUCUAUGGAUUCAAUGGAUGUGAAAUAGAUAAUGUUCAUUACUACGAUCCAGUUGAAGACAAGUGGACACAAGUGGAGACAUUCGGUGAGAAGCCUUCAGCGAGGAGUGUUUUCGCUAGUGCGGUUGUUGGGAAACACAUUGUGUUGUUCGGAGGUGAGAUAGCGAUGGAUCCACAAGCUCACGUGGGUCCGGGACAAUUGAUCGAUGGGACUUUUGCGUUGGAUACAGAGACGCAGAAAUGGGAGAGGUUGGAUAAGUUUGGUGGAGAGGAGGAGACAGGACUAUCAAUACAUGUUGGGAUCCCGAUCCUAGGAAAUGUAGAUGUUUCGCUCGGAAACGUUCUAAAUGAAGAAGAGAAGGAGACUCCGGAUGUUAGAGGAUGGUCAGCUUCCACGAGUGGAACAAUUGAUGGUAAGAAAGGGCUGCUGAUGCAUGGUGGUAAAGCUGUCACCAAUGACCGUUUUGAUGAUCUCUUCUUUUACGAGUUUGACUCUGCUUAAACGUUUUGGUUUGAUCAUUACCGUUUGUGGUUGUUUGUGUUGUGUGUGUGAUUCAAUAAGGGAGGGUCGUGAUACUAUAUGAUCCUUCAUCAUCUUUCUUUUUUUUUCUAUAUGUUUGCGUUGUGUGUGAUUCAGUAAGGAAGGGUCGUGUAAGAUCCUUCAUUAUCUUUCUGUUUUGUUUAUGUAUGUUUCCUUUUUAAUGAAUA